ACUUAUACCAUCGAGUUUCUGAAUGCAUGAUUUCAAGAUAUUUUGUGAGUGCUUCUUAUUGAUCGAGAAGAGUCUAAACUCACGGCGAAAAGAACUCGAUAACCGCCAGCCGUUAGAAUUGCUUCCCGAGCGUUCUUGAACUUAAAGAAAAGGCUGAACUAAACGGCCAAACGUUAACUACAACAGUCAUGGAUUUUGAUGACGAUGCCCCGCCAGAGCUGGUUGAUACAACCGCCAACGAUGUGGAUGAGGAGAUUACAGUCAAGGUUCCUAUCACAAUUGUGACAGGAUAUCUCGGUGCUGGUAAAACUACCUUGCUAAAUUACAUCCUUACGGCUCACCAUGGCAAGAAGAUCGCUGUCAUCAUGAAUGAAUUUGGAGACUCGCUCGACAUUGAAAAGUCCCUUACUGUGAACAAAGGUGGUGAGCAGGUUGAAGAAUGGUUAGAAGUCGGCAAUGGCUGUAUCUGCUGUUCCGUAAAGGAUACAGGAGUCAAUGCGAUAGAGUCUCUCAUGUCGAAGAAGGGUGCAUUUGACUACAUCCUCCUCGAAACCACUGGCUUAGCCGACCCCGGAAACCUAGCCCCCCUCUUCUGGGUGGACGACGGACUUGGAAGCACCAUUUAUUUGGAUGGAAUAGUCACGCUCGUAGAUGCGAAGAAUAUCCUGCGCAGUCUUGACGACCCCAAUGGUGUUGUCGAAGGACACGACGACCACGGUCAUGGCCCUGUUAUGACUACAGCACACGUUCAGAUCUCUCAUGCGGAUGUGAUCGUGAUCAACAAGGCCGACAUGGUGACAGAGGUGGAACUCAACCAGGCCAAAGAGAGAAUCCAGUCGAUCAAUGGUCUUGCUAAGAUCCAUGUAACGGAGAGGAGUGUAGUCCCUCAACUGGAAGGAUUCCUGCUUGAUUUGCACGCAUAUGACCAAUUCAACGAGUCAGACGCAAAUACCAAGGGACAUAGUCACCUCGACCCUACCAUAUCGACCGUCACCAUACCCGUUGGUCGCCUUGAGCCAGGACAACUGGACACAGUUGAUCGUUGGCUACGAUCGGUACUGUGGGACAGCAAAUUACCUGAAGAUGAAAAGGAGGGUGAUUUCGAGAUCCAUCGCUCCAAGGGACGGCUUGUGUUUGCCAAUGGAGAGGUCAAGAUGUUGCAGGGGGUGAGGGAGGUCUUUGAGAUAAAUGACGGGCCGUUGGGAGAUGAGACGCCCAAGGAGGGGAAGAUUAUUCUGAUUGGAAGAAACGUAGCAGAUGUUGGAUUUGAAUACAGUUUCAAAAAAGCCCUAAGCUAGCCUUUAUUACCUAGAGUAAAGAAUAGAGGUGCAUGAUAACUCUAUGAUGUCUGAGGUCUUCCGCUAGUGCUUGCUGAUUACUGAAUGUAGACUGGAGCAGUUGAGCUCUGCUCAAUGAAUGGCAAUUGACUUGCUUAUCUUCUCGCCUAUAUUACUGUUAUCAUUCGAUAUAUCACAGUGUCUAAUAGAGGUUGUUGUUU